UACGUACCUACCUACUAGUUAGUACUUUAGUUUUCUACCAGUAGUUUUGAGGCCGUUCCUCCGGCGAUGCUUCUCAAGUUCCCGAGUCCGAAGUCUCGGACUGACCAAAACUCAGGCCCGGGCAUGCCGAGUAAGCAACCCCGCACGCCGAAGUGUCAGCGUCUUUUUUCACGCCAGCCCAAAGGUUGGCCAGCUUUCAGAAACAUCGUCUACCUGCACAUUCUACGCUUCAAGUCAGUACUAGCCGCCAGGAACUCACGUACUUAGUAUCAACGAAGCCCAACGACAACUCACCUGGCACCUGCCUCCCUACUCUGAGCCCCUCAACUCGGACCGAUGGCCUCUCCACCACCCUCAUCAUCGCCAGUCUUUAUCAACGCCGCGGCCAAAACCUGGCGGUUCCAAAACACACCCGGCACUGGUUCACAAUCUCCUCUCGGCCUCUCCCCAGUUCAAGCCCUGCAUCGCAGUCUCCCGGACUACGGCCCCUCACCGCUGCGCUCCCUCCCCGCCCUCGCGGAUUCGCUGGGUCUCUCCCACGUGCUGCUCAAAGACGAGUCCUCCCGCUUCGGCCUCCCUUCGUUCAAAAUCCUUGGCGCGUCCUGGGCCGUCCCUAACGCGGUCGCCGCCCAUCUUGGGGUUAGCUUACCUGGCUCCAACGACAGCACUACCAGGCUUACCAGCCAUGGGUCGAAUGCGAUUCAUUUCCUGAGGGAGCUGGUAGCGAGCCGUAAACACAGCGGCGGGUCAGAUGGAGAAUGCAAUGACCUCACAAUCGUCACCUGCACCGAAGGAAAUUGGGGCCGGGCGGUGGCUAGGAUGGCGGGCUAUAUCGGUGUCAAGGCGAUUGUUUACGUGCCCGAUCAUGUCCACGUCACGACCAGAGAAUUGAUCCGCGGCGAAGGGGCCGAGGUGAGGGUGGUGGAGGGCGGGGGCUAUGAAGCGGCGCUGGAGGCUGCGAAGAGGGAGCUUGGGAAUGGACAAGGGCGGCUGAUGGUGAUUGAUACGAGCUGGGAGGGGAAUGAACAGGUGCCGAAGUGGGUUGUUGAAGGCUACCAAACCAUGCUGGACGAGACGGACGAACAGGUUCUUGAUGCGACGGGCGGAAAGCCUGCUACACAUGCCAUCGUUCCGGUUGGAUGCGGCUCGAUCGGUCAAGCGGUCACGCAGCACUUCAAGAGUGCUGUCAGGGAGCAGAACGGUGUGCCUGCAGCUACCGUGCUUGCUGUCGAGCCAGAUACCGCUGCAUGUCUGAAGGCGUCACUCGAGAACGGAAAGAUGACAACCGUGGCUACGGGAGACAGCAUCAUGAAUGGCAUGAACUGCGGGACGCUGUCCACCACAGCAUGGCCAGUACUCGCAACAGGGGUCGACGGUAGUGUUGUUGUGAGUGAUAAGGAGUCACACAACGCAGUUCAGGAAUCAGCACAGCUGGGAAUCAAGGCAGGGCCUUGCGGAGCUGCGGCGUUGGCUGCUCUGAAACGGAUCUGUGAGACUGAGAAGGCAAGACUUGGGCUUGAUCAUCGCUCGGUCGUGGUUUUGUUUUGCACAGAAGGUCCCAAAGAAUAUGCCGUGCCUGGAUGAGCUUGUGGGAGGAGGCCUCGUGCCGGUCGAGAUCAGAGUACACAGGUACUUGUACAUAGCGCACUUCUCUUGCAGCACAAAGAGACAACGUAUUUGACG